UGUGUGUGUUCGAUUGAACGAAUACGAAUAGCAAGUGUCAAAACACCUCUAGAAUAUCAAAUUAUUGUUUUGGUACUCAGGAGAUAUUCAAAGUGCAAAGGAGACGAAAUUGCGUCGUGAUCAAAAAUACACCCAAAUUUUAAUUCCCAAUAACGGAAAUAUAUAUUUUUCUUCCAAUAUGGAAUUAUAUUUAGAUAAAUUGGUUCGGCUGAACACACAAAGUGAUGGUCGAGAUAAAGUGGCGAGAUUAAUACAGUAUGCGUGUCGUGCCCUUUGGGAUGGUAUGCGAGUCCGUCCAUGGAAUUCUGAAUUGAUAGACAAACUAAAGACACUGGAAUACCUCCUCAGCUCAUUUCGAAAACUGUUGCGAUUUGGAAAAUGUAUUGAUUUAAUGUAUGCGGCUCAACGGACAAUCCACCAUACAAACGUGACUAUUCGGUUAACGCUGACGCUUAGCAAAAUUGCUCAGGCCCUGUAUUUGUAUGCUGAUCACAUUCUGUGGCUGUCUCGUUCGGGCCUAGCUAAAUCAAUUGAUGCCAAAAAAUGGAAUGACACAGCCAACAAAUAUUGGUUUGUGUCAAUCGUAGUUAACUUAUGUCGUGACAUCUACGAAUUAUCAAGGCUCAUCGAUCGAACGUUGAACGCGGGAAAUGGGCGAAACAAACAAACACUCUACCGCUGGAUUUUUGAUACAAACACAAACAUUUCGACAUUAUCAAAAAGGGAUUUAACAAAAGCUUCACAUCAAAUGUAUGCAUAUACAUAUGAGAAUCGAGCCAUCUUCAUCGACACCACCAAGAAUUUGUGUGAUAUUUUCAUACCGUUGACAGCUCUUGGAUACACAAAACUUAAACCGCGAACGGUUGGAUUGCUGGGAGUGAUAUCAUCGAUUGCUGCAAUCAUUGUUCUUCUUCAACCGGCAGCCAAAUUACAACCAUCUUAGGCUUAGCUUUAUAUCAUAAAAUUGGGUGAUUCGGUUGUUUCGGGAGACUGUUUUUUUAAAAUUCAAUUACAUUUGGAAUUCAAUCGAAAAAUAAGGAUGGGCAUAGAUUGUAAUGUAAAAACUAUUUUUCCAACACUCCGGUGGUGCUUGUAACCUUAGAUGAAUUAAGGUGAAAAUGAAAUUAAAGAAAUGUAUACAACGUAUAAAUCGUCCGUAAAA